UCAAUGUUAAUGAAAAAUCAACCUUAAUGCCAGUAGCUGAAAGUGGAAAUCGAGCUGAUUUUCACUGUGACGUAAGCCGUUCUAAAAUUUUCAAACAAGGAACAGAGGUGUUCCAUCAUUUUCUCGCAUUCAGUUUUCGUCCGUCGCUCAGCCCGAUCGGACGCGUAAAACGUUGGGGAGAGCGAUUUUGUCGCGUAUCUAAUAUUUGUUUGAGAUGUUAUCGUGUUGAAGUAUAUUCUGAUUUCCACCAUAAAAUUUCACUAAACUUUGACAGUUUGUUCGUUGAGUUUCAUCUUGGAAGUGUGUUUUCUGUUAUUCGAAGAAGAAAAUAGUUUUCUUUGAGAAAAGGUACAGUGUGAGUGAGUGAUGAGUGCACACAAGUGAGGAGUGAGUGUAGUGAUGGAGGCGACGCCGUUGCCACUUGAAGUGGAUGAGGAAGGGCGUCCGCCGCAGGGCUCCUCGACUGGAAGCGGCUCCUCCUCCGGUACGGGCUAUUAUGCUCAUAAGAACGGUGAAUGGCGCGGUGAGCGAAGGAUGCUGGACAUCACGAGAGACAAACCAGUGAAGGUGUGCGUGCGAGUCGUCGUGCCAGUGCGAGACCAUCCCAAGUUCAACUUCGUCGGCAAACUGCUCGGACCAAAAGGGAACUCCUUGAAACGGCUACAAGAAGACACCAUGUGCAAGAUGGCGGUCCUAGGAAGAGGGUCCAUGAAGGAUCGACAAAAGGAGGAGGAGCUCCGUGUGUCAGGAGACCCGAAGUUUGCGCACCUGUCGGACGAGCUGCACGUGGAGAUCAGCGCGUUCGCAACCCCGGCCGAGGCCCACGCGAGGAUUGCCUACGCACUGGCUGAGUUGAGGAGGUUCCUUGUACCUGUAAGUAGCCUUUUUUAUGCUAAUUUUCGCAAUCCUUGGCUCUCUGCAUGCAUAGUCGAGUGGUUGGUUACCACGCCAAACCCAUAAUGAGCGACGUGUCUUGGCCCGAUCCCCGCGUAAGAUAAGCAUAA